AGUCUCCCGCUGUGGUCACCUCGCAGGCCCGCUGUAUUACUCCACCUUUCCAUAACGUCACGAGUGCACAGGAAGGUGAGAGUGAGGCACAGCGCUCUCUUGCACUCUUCAUUACCGCAGUAUUUUGCUCUGCUUUUUUUUUCUAAGUAGUCCGUUAUCGCAGGACCCAUGUGGAGUCGACGGCUGAAGCUAAACGGCACCGUGUCACGGUGUGGGCGGCUAGGUACUGGUGCGCUACGACGCCUCUGCGUCGCCACCCAAACGGUCCUCCUUCCUCAGUCUUCUGCCGCGUUGACCCACAUCAGCCGCGCCUUCUCAAGUGAGGAAGUGCUCGACGAGGAGACGCAGUGGACGAAUGCCAUGGCGAACAAGUACGGCGCUGGUAACUAUCAACUUUUCCGUCCCCUCUACAAAGACUUAUGUGAUGAGAUGCGGCGCGAGUACUAUACGAAGCCGCCCCCACCGCCGCCGGUGGCCGCAGCUACCAAACGGAGAAGGCACGACGGCCAUGACAGAAACAGCAGCGAGGAAGAAGACGGCGGAGGCACGGCAAACUCGCACGGGGAAACGGCGGCGGCGGCGAAGGGAGCGAACGAACCACUGGAAAAGAGUUCGAGCAUGGCGGAACAAGACAGAAGCGACGGCGGCAGCGUGGGUGCCUCCGCGUCGGGGGAUAGCGAGGCGGCAGCUGACCCUGAGCUCUCCCAUCCGCAUUCCCCGACUCCGCCAGAACCAACGUACGGGGACGGCACGUGGUCGGUGCACUACCAUCCCGAGCACAACGCGCUCACCUUCCACUGCGCUGCGGUGAAGGAGAGUCGACUGGCUGAGAUACACGCGUGGAGCCGCAUCGAGCUGAAGGACCCGCCCCGCCUCAACGCCGUUCUGGCCUUUGCCGAUUGGACCCCAAUUGAGAUUUGUGUGGAGCGCAACGGGGUCAUGAUCCACUUCUCCAUGGCCUCGAAUGAGGGCGGAAUGCAUAUGCGCAACGUGCGCGUGUACGCGCCGGCGUCAGAGGAGGAAAAAAUGGCGUUGGUCGACCCAUCCGAGGAUGGUGAGCGAGCACGUAAGAAGCUGUACUACGACGGACCCUGCCUGUGGCACCUGGAGCUCCGCUUUCAGAACGAGCUGUACGACGUGAUGCAGGACCAUGGAAUCUCUCUUGACUGGGUACACUGGGCCGCCUCGUGGGUAUUCUACGCGGAGCACGUCAACUACGUGAAGUGGAACCUUGGACUCUUAGAGGAGCUCAUCCCCUCUCCGCUGCGUGGCCCGGAAAGUGAUUUUCUGUCUGCUGCGGAGAGAGCGUUGCUGGAUGAGCCUGUGGAGGAUUGGCUGGAAGCACACAGCACUUGA